CCUCUUGUUUGUUAUUGUUGAUGUUUUUUAUAUAUGGUUUUCAAGUUAAGCGUUGUGAAAGUUCUAGUACUAAAGAAAUUUAGAGUAUAUUUUUUUCCUACUUUACCAGGAUAUUUUAAAAUGUGUUCGUCUAUUUACAUAGGCAGUAAAUGUUCUGAUUUUGAAUUUUUGCAUAAUUGUUGACCUUGCUAUUCCCGAAGAGAUACAUUCCUCAACUUAAUCAUUAUGAGACAGUCUGGUGGGUAUUUAGUGUUUGAAGGCAAUAGUAAACUUCCAGUUUGGUUUUGAACACAGCAACACAGAUAAAAUACAAUGAUCUAACUGGUUCCAUGGCGAGGUGGCCAGGUGAUGGAAGAUGGUACACUACCUGCAAGGUGGAAACAGUAGUGAUGUGCAAUGUCGUGGAAAUGUUUUGACUGCUUUCGGAAUCAAGUAGAAGAUGUGCAUCUUUUGGAUUACCAACACUUCAUGCUGUAUGAUGUGCCUAUUGAAGUGUUUACCUAUGAACGAACAUUGGAAGAGUUAAAAUUGGAUUCAAAUAGGAUAAGGGAUUUACCACGGCCAUUAUUUCACUGCCAUGGCCUGAAGAUCCUAUCACUCAGUGAUAAUGACAUACAGACUUUACCUCCGGCUGUUGCCUCCUUAAUCAACUUGCAGCAGCUUGAUCUCAGCAAAAAUGCUCUUUCUGCAAUUCCUGAUAACAUAAAAUGCUGUAAACAGUUGCACUGUGUGGAUGUUAGCAUAAAUCCACUGGAGAAACUACCAGAAGGCUUUACACAGUUGAUAAACUUGGAAGAACUGUACUUAAAUGACACAUACUUGGAAUUCCUGCCAGCAAAUUUUGGUCGUCUUACGAGAUUGAAGAUCUUGGAGUUGAGGGAAAACAACUUGAAUACAUUACCAAAAUCUAUUGCCAGACUUUCUAAACUUGAACGUCUAGACCUUGGACAAAAUGAGUUUACUGAUGUGCCAGAAGCUAUUGGCAGUUUGACCAAUUUGACAGAACUCUGGGUUGAUUGUAACAGAAUCAAAAGUAUUUCAUCUGUGAUUGGAAAUCUGAAGAAUUUGGUACAUUUUGAUGCAAGCAGCAAUAAUAUAAAUGGUAUUUCUUCAUUAAUAGAAAAAUGUGAAAAACUAGUUGAUUUAACUCUAUCAUGCAAUGAGCUUCAGGAGAUCUCUUCAUCUAUUGGAAACCUGAAGGAGUUGGUAACGUUGAAGUUGGAUGAUAAUCAUUUACGGAUUAUUCCAUCUUCCAUUGGAAAUCUUUCACUGCUUCAAGAGUUAAUACUGAGUCACAAUAAUCUUGAAAGUCUUCCCAGCACAGUUGGUUUGUUACGGCAGUUGCACAUUUUGAAUGUUGAUGACAACAUUCUUGAAGAUUUGCCUCCAGAAAUAGGCAGCUGUAGUUCAUUAACUCUUCUGAGUGUCCGCAACAACAAACUUCAAGAUGUACCUGCAGAAUUGGGUCACUUGCAAAGGAUUAAAGUUAUUAACUUAAGUGAUAAUUUACUUCAAAAUCUUCCUGUUUCUAUUCUAAAACUGACCCACCUUAAUGCAUUAUGGUUGUCAAAUAAUCAAAGCACACCUUUGCCGAUACUGCAAAAAGAAUUUGACAGAGAUACAGGCCAGACUGUGUGUGUUAAUUUCAUGUUACCACAGACUCCACAACUACAAGAUUUUGCUGCUGGUGGCCAGUAUACUGAGCCUGAUGAAGCGCCAACUCGCUCCCGCCCGCUCAUUCGGUUUGCAGUUGAAGCGCAAGACGAGGAACCAAAUCAUUUGCUGCGUGCACCCACACCUUACCCAAAAGAGCUUCGUGCAAUGGCAAAGCAUGCUCGAGCUCUACAUCAAGGGCCAAAACGAGCAUACAAAGACGCAAUUGAAGAUGCCCCUCUUCUCGGUAAACUGAGGACUCCAUGGCCAGGUGAUGUUCUGAUAAAAGAAGCCAAAGUAAAGAAACCAGAAACAUUUUCACUGUGUGAGCAAAGUAAACCAGCACUUUUUCCUGCUCUCAGUGUUUCUGAAUCUAUUCAAGAAACAUCUCUGCAUUCAGCAGAAAAUAGACCAAUUAUUCGUGAAGCCAAGUAUGUACGACAAAGAACCUCUACAGCAUACAGUAAUGGAAACAAGCUGUGUGAUGAAUCUUUGCAGCAGAAUCAGAGUUCUAUGCCAUCGUGUUCUACUGGAGACAAUUUGAGAUUUAGUAUUGCUUCGUCAUCAGACCACCCGCUUCAACCACCUCCGUACCACAUUGCUGCAGCUUAUUCAAAACAAGCAAAGUGGUUUGGGCAUUUUAAUCCUCAUAUAAAAACAGAAAAAAGUACAAAUAUGCAGUGUGCUGAUAUUGCUGCAGCAUCAUCCAGUAAAAAUGGAUCUUCUUUUCAUAGUGCUGCUGUAAAGACUGUAGGUUCUGACAACGUUGAUUCUGGGUUACUUCAACCGAAUGGUGAAGUUUUCAAUGGCAAAUCUCAGUGCAUAAACAAUACUUUAAUUAGAACAUGUUCAGAAGAUGAUAUGCACGUUAAAAAUGAGGUGGACAUUUCUCUGCAUGUUGAUGAUUGUGGAUCCAGUCAUAAAAAUGACCAAUUGAGAACUGAAAUACAUAGUUCUCAAGUAUCAUCUAAAUGGUUUAUUGAUAAUUUGCAGACGCCUCAAUAUGAGGAAAGUGUUAAAUCAUUAGGGAGUGAUUGCAGGACAACCCAUGUUAACAGCAAAGAAAAUGUACUAAGUAGUAAUGCAGAUUUAAAUGUCAUGCAACAAGUGCCUUGCCUAGGUGAAGAAGCAGUGUGUUCAUCUAGUUUAAAUAAAGGAAUGAAUGGAACUAUUUGUUGUAGUAAAGAUGAUGUAAAUUCCUCUGUUGAGAAAUAUUCAGACUGUGUUAUUACACAACUAUCAAGCCAUUUUGUUCCUACAUCUACAGACGCAGAGACUGAAAAUGAAUCUUCAAGUUUUUUGUCAAGUGAAAAUAAAAAUAGUUCAUACUGUGUCAAUUCACCAGAAAUAGUUUCCGAUAUCAUAAAUAAUAUAACUACGUAUAGACCAAUUGAAACAUCACCUGAAGAGCCCUCUGUAUUUCCUAUGUACGACAAAGAAUAUUCUGAACAUCAUAAUUUUAGACAUGUUAAUGGUCAGUUCCUAGACACUAUAGCUUUAACUAAUAAUGAAGCUCUUGCAUAUGAAUGUAGCAGACAAGUGCCUUAUAACAGUGAUAUUUUGUCACGUAACACUAAAGUGAGCAAGAGGGAUAUUAAGAUAGAACAAUCUGACAGUAUUAAAUCACCAUGUAUAGAAAAUUUUGAACCGAGUUACCAACCAAAUUCUACAGUGACAGCCCUUACACCUGUUCUCAAAAAUACAAAAGUUUCUCCAUCUACUUCAGCAAGUCGAAAAAGUUCAAAUUUGUGGAGGUUUGGUCUACAUAGAAAUCCAACUGUGUUCCCUGUUUUAAUUCAAAAGAAUGAAGAUAUUGGAUUCAAUAUUAAUGGAAAUGUGGAAACUUCAUUGUUAACUGAAAAUCAAAAGGGAAUUUUUGUGGUCAGCAUUGACCCCUGUGGGCCAGCGAGAAGUCUUCUCCUACCAGGUGAUAAAAUUUUGGAAGUUGAUGGCAUUGAUUUCAACAAGAUUAACUUUGAAGAGGCAGUUAAAAUUUUGCAGCAGACGGGAAACAUUGUUCACAUGAUGAUAUCGAGACAAUAAUUUGGGCUGUACUUAUAUGUUUAAGACAUUUAUAAAAUCAUUAAAAAAAAUUGUCAUACUGUACAAAAAAUUUUUUUUUAUAAAAGAUCAAUGAAAAAUGAUGUAUUUUCAGAGUUUUUAACUUUGUAUUUUUGUAAAUAAAUGUAUUUGUAGAAAUUUA